GAGUAAAUUUCUGGGAUGGCAAUGAGAAUGUGUUCGUGCUCUUCUCAUGGACGACGAACACGCAACUCUUCUCUUUUCCCCACAGAAGCUUCUCCGUAGAAAUCGCGAGGGUUCUAGCGAAGGAGCAGGCGGCGUCCGCGGCGGGGCAAGGAUUCUUGGAGAAAGGGCAUGGCGCCAGCGCCCGGGUAGGCAGGGGACGCGCGAAAUGCGUGUGCGCGAUCGCUGUUCUUGCCGCGGGCAUCCAUUGUGAUCGCGAUUAUCUAGGGAUCUGUAUGUGGUGGUUUCGUCGGCGCCGGGGCCGAAGGGAUGAUCGUCCAAAGCGCAGCAUUGCGAUGUCUUCUUCUUCGUCCUCCGGGGACUACAAACUUGCGUGCUACUCUUACACCGAUUUACAAUCCGCUACAGAGAACUUCGCUCCCGAGAAGAAGAUUGACGAGGGAAAAUUUGGCGAGCUCUACAAGGGUGAAUUGUCGGAUGGAACCAAGUUUGCGGUGAAGAAGCUUUCAUCAAAGUAUCACAAAGAAGACCACAGUGUGUUCGCUAGCGAUGUUUCCAGUAUCUUCGCUGUUGAGCAUCCAAAUCUCGUCAAGCUCAUGGGCUGCUGCAUCGAGGCCGAUGAGCAAUUUCUGCUGUACGAGUUCCUCGAGAACGGAAGACCACUCUCGCGGCUUCUCUUCAACCCAGAUAAUGGCGAAUGCCUAAGCUGGCAAACAAGAAUGACCAUUGCGAUUGGGAUCGCUCGGGGUGUUAAUUAUCUCCAUGAGGAAGCUCAUGUUAUCCACGGGGAUAUCCAAGCAAGCAAUAUCAUCAUUGAUGAGAACUUCACACCGAAAAUCUCGGAUUUUGGUCUUACAAGCCUUCUACCUGACGAGGAUAGCUACAUCAACUCAAGAUUCAGUGGAACUUUGGGUUACAUUGCUCCGGAAGUCGCUCAAGGCAAGCUGACGGACAAGGCCGACGUAUUCAGCUUUGGAGUCUUGCUCCUGGAGAUCGUGAGUGGGAGGAACAACUUCGAACCAGAUCUACCAAUGGAGACGGUGUUCCUCGUACAAUGGACUUGGAAACUAUACGAGCAAGGCAAAGUUUUGGAGCUGGUCGAUCCACUGCUCAACAACGAUUUCCCGGAGGAGGAAGUUUUCAGAGCCAUCCACAUUGCGCUCUUGUGCACGCAAGACUCCGUCAAGAGCCGGCCACACAUGGUCCAGGUACGAGCCAUGCUAACAGGUGACUGGGAAAUCUCCGUGUUUCCGUCAAGGCCAGGAUCGCUGACGGGCCCGUGAAGUGAGCGAUCGCUCACGCGGAUCUUUGUCUCGUCCCGGAGAAAGAUUUGUAACUGCGUUUUCAACGCUCAGGUACGAUUGCAACUAGUUUCGCGAUUGACAACUCUGGUUGCAGCGUCAAAAGGCAUGACUUUUUUUGUAUGGAAGAAAAAAAAAGUAUAAAAGAAAUGUAGAUUCUUUUUCUUCU